UCUUUAAAAAAUAAAUGCCAAAGAAUGUCCUUUCGAAUGAUAAUAAACAUUCACCAUUAAAUUGAAGUUGAAGAAAAGUUCGAACUAAAUCACCCUUUAUAUAUUUAUCUAGUUAAACGCCAUAUGGUUGCCAUUUACUUUACAUACACAUUUGUUAGGUAAUAAAGAUGAUGGCACAUGUCAAUAUUUAGUUCUUCAAAAAUAAGGUUGACAGACAAGAUGGCGAUUCACUCCGUUAUAAAUGCAGCAAACUGUCAAACUAUCACGACAUGAUGAACUAAUGUAUUUACUAUCAAGCGCAAUAAAAAAGUAACAAGACGAAACUGUCUGUCUGUCUCUAGUUUCAUUAUUCUUGGACCACUCCAAUCCAUCUCAUUCAACUAAUGAAAGCUAGUCUGAUAUAUUUUAUCUUAUUCGAAGUAUGAAGAAUAAAUAUUUAGAAAACACACACUAGUAGAAAUGUAACGUUGAUAGGUUCUACAAAACCAUGAAAAAUUAAACUAUACUUUAACUAAGUUUAACGGUAAUCACGGCUUAUCUGCACGAAAGUGAUAACCGGAAAUUGGCGUGAAACACUCAAUUUCAAGGUAUUGAGUCACACCACAAAGUGGAUUCAUCUUUCUAAAUUUCUAAACAAUCAUUUACACAGUAAUCGGCAUUACGAGGGAUAAGUUUGAAACGCUUCGUUUUACAAAACGAAAAUAUGAAAAUAUUUUUUGCAAGUGUAUUAACAACGCUUUUAGCAUUAUGCACCGCACUGGAGGACUAUUGUGAUCCGGAAUUAUGUAGGAAUACGGGAGGAAAAAAACAUGUUGCAUGCGACAACAACGGCAGCUUCCAUGAAAGAUGUUCUCCUGAUACAAGAUUGGUAGAUUUGAACUUCUAUAUACCGUUAAUUUUAAAAGAGCACAAUGAAAGACGAAACAAAGUGGCUGCCGGCGAAUUAACGGGUUAUGCGAGCGCUAAACGUAUGGCUGUAAUGCAGUGGGACAAUGAAUUGGCUGAAUUAGCUACCUACAAUGUGAAAAAAUGCGAUUGCGAAUAUGAUGGCUGUCGAAAUGUCAGGCGCUUCAAGUAUACCGGUCAAAAUAUUGUCAGUCAAGGUUACACCGGCAAGGAGAAUGCUUUCACUACUAAGCAAAUCGUUCAAGAUGCUAUCGAAAGUUGGUUUGAAGAAUAUGUCGCUGGUUCAAUGACUUACAUGAGUAACUAUCCAGAUGAUUUUGAUAUAUAUAAAGAAUUUUCACACUUCGCACUCUUGGUUACCGAAGCAAGUAAUUAUGUAGGAUGCGCUGCGUCACGCUACAAGGAGGAGCAAUACAAUACUGUUUUAAUAACAUGUAAUUAUGCUUCGGCUGCUCUACAGAAUCGUCCGAUCUAUGUAGAGGGUCCAACUGCAUCGGGUUGCAAAAGUGGCAAAAAUGACACAUAUCCGGCAUUAUGCUCCAUCGCUGAAGUAUAUAAAUAAUUUGGUGGCAAUAUAAAAUAAAUAUAUGUAUGUUCUAUAUAUAAUAUUUUUAAAUAUAUUAAGUGCGAUGGUUAUAAUUAAAGUUAUUAUACUUAACUGUCAUCUUUUUUAUUCACUUCACAAAUAACAAUAAUAUUAACGAGGGAUGCAUUUGGCCCUUACAUUUUUAUACGCAUCUAUAAUGCCUCCAUACUGAUUGUAACUGAUUUCUUGCAAGCAGCUUUCUACAGAGGCAUGUAUAAUUU